AGGACCUCACGUACUCUCUCUAAAGAUUGUUGAAUAAUUAGUGCUGAGCGGUUAUCGUGUUUCUUGAGGCAGAUUAGAACACCAUUAGGUGGGAUGUGCGCAAAGUCAUACGAUGUGUUGCAUAAUGUAUUUCUGUGAUCGAGUGGGCACCUAGCAUCGAGGUUCCCUUGACACUAGGAGGCCGAGCUAGCCUUCAUCUAGAUGUGGCUACAUGACCUAGCAUCGAGGUUCCCUUGAGAAGUGUAGCCUGCCCAUAGCAUUUAUCGGCCACCUAGCCUUCACCUAGCCACACCAGGCUACCUGGUGUUUGCCUAGCAUCGAGGUUGCCUUGACAUCAGUAGUACGCUCUGGCCCACACCUAGAUUUGUCCACCUGGGAAAACACUAUUUACAGUGCGCUGGUGUUGACAACCUCUGCCAGGAUACGAGUGGUGUUUCAAGUUCCGCGAGGUCCGCAGGUGUUGAAAAUCGCGGGGUGUGAUGUGAGACGCGACUAUGCUUGGGCCACCUCGGUGUCUGCCCCUCUGGGCUCACGAUGGGCACAGAGGCAACCUGAUAAGGUCUUCCUGGAGCGGCCUAAGUCGGCCUAGUAGAAAAGCUAGAGAAAUAUAGGAGUGGAAGGAAUAGGUAAAGAUGGCGCCCAAGAAACCCGAAGAGAAGAAAGACAAUGGAGAAGACUUGUCAGCGUCGGAGAGACUCACUGUGGCGGUGCGCGUCCGGCCCCUCACCUCAGAGGAGAAGAACAAGGGCUGUUACCGCAUCACACAGCCUAUCGACACCAAGAUGCUGAUGAUGCAGGAGCAGGAGACAGACAGAAACGAUCAUCUCCGACAGAACAGAAAGACGGACAAACAGUUCGUCUUUGACAGACUCUUCAGUGAGGAUUCCAACCAGAAGGAGGUGUACGAGGACACGACGAAGGUGCUGGUGGAGGAUGUGAUGACGGGGUUCAGCGCGACAGUGUUCGCGUAUGGUGCGACGGGGGCGGGCAAGACCUUCACCAUGGUGGGCAGCAGCGAGCAGCCGGGCAUCAUGGUCAGGGCUCUCAACGACCUCUUCACUGCCCUUGACCCGGAGAACAACCCCAAGACUAAGAUCACCAUGUCGUACCUGGAGAUCUACAAUGAGAACAUCCGGGACCUGCUCCAGCCCAGUGGGACUCUUGAACUCCGCGAGGACGCUAAGACCGGAGUCAUCCAGGUGGCCGGACUCUCGGAGAAGGCCGUAGUCUCUACCAAGGAGGUAAUGAAGUUGUUGACAAGGGGCAACAAGGAGAGGACGUGUGAGCCCACCGCUGCCAACAAGACCUCCUCUCGUAGCCACGCCCUUCUUCAGGUGAGUUUACCAGCCUCGUCCUCGUGGGUUUACUGCACUAGCUUCCCUUCUAGUUAG